CUAAUUGAGGAAAAGGACGUGACGUUAUAAUUCUCUUGUUUAUGGUCCUCCUUCCACAAGUCACAAAAUUCAAUCAAAAUAAAGGGUAUUUAAUAUUUAUUGCUGAGUUUUACUCAUUUUAAACGUUUUUUCUAGUUAAUUUUAAUAUGAAAUCACAAUUUAAACUCAAAAUAUGUUUAUGAUUUAAAUUUUAAACGGUGCAAAAGUUCCAUGUGUCGAAAAAAUGUCUGACUUUGUCUAUGCCUCAACCAAAACCAUCAGUUCAAAACCAAUGUGGCGACUGCAGGUUGAUCAACAAGCGUCAAGUUAUGGCGUUUUGUGAUAAACUUUCGUAAAUAGGUGAAUUUAAGAAUCAUUUUUUAGUUUUUAUAAUAAAUUUAAUAUGAGUAACCGUAAUCUAUACUACGACUACGGGAACGCAAUAUCAUGUUGACAUGAGACAUUGGGUUGUCAACAAUGGUUAAAACACGAUCUUCAGCGAGGGUAGGAAACGCUGCCCAGAGCGCCCCUGCCGAAAAUGGAGACGCGCGUCUAAAAGCCUAUGACAUCAGGCAACGGUCGCAAAAGAGCACCAUUUCUAGGAACAGCCAGGCGCUGCCAUCCGGCGGGACACAAGGGAAUGACCCCCUGGCCCCCGCGAUCCCGAACUCGCGCAAUAUGUACCAGCACCCCGCAGUCAGCGGGUACAAUCCAAACCCUCAGGAUUCAAGGUCUCAAAACAUGCCUGUUACGGCUCGCCAGAACCCGAUGUACGGCAGCGGCAUGUACCACGGCUACAGCGGCGGCGGCGCCACGCUCGCGCCCAUGCCGUCGCCCUCGCCCACCGCGCCGCUGCCGCCCUUCCCCGUGCACCCGGACGUCAAGUUCAAAAAGUUACCCUUCUACGAUGUGCUUGCGGAGCUGAUGAAGCCUUCGACGAUGAUGCCGAUGCAGGCGGGGCGCAUGCAGGAGGGCACCUUCAUAUUCCACCUCACGCCGCAGCAGGCCACCGAGAUCGCGUCCGGCAAGGAUAUCGUCGGCGCUAGUAAUAAGCUCGACUACGUUGUACAGGCCCAGUUACGAUUUUGUCUGCUAGAAACCUCAUGCGAACAAGAAGACUACUUCCCACCUAGCGUUAAUGUUAAAGUUAAUAAUAAGAUGUGCCCAUUACCAAAUCCAAUACCAACAAACAAACCAACCCCAGAGCCAAAGCGACCUCCUCGGCCCGUGAACAUCUCGUCUUUAGUAAAAUUAUCACCAACAGUGGCAAACACAAUACACGUAACCUGGGCAGCAGAUUUUACAAGAGCAUACGUUCUCAGUGUGUUUAUGGUCAAAAAGCUUACUUCUGCAGAACUGUUGGUCAGAUUAAAGUCUAAGGGAACCAAAAAUCCAGAUUAUACUAGAUCACUCAUUAAAGAAAAAUUAUCUGAAGACUACGACAGUGAAAUCGCCACAACAUCAUUGCGAGUGUCCCUAAUGUGUCCCCUGGGAAAAAUGCGCAUGUCAUGUCCGUGUCGGCCGGCCGCAUGUCCGCACCUGCAGUGCUUCGACGCGUCGCUGUUCCUGCAGAUGAACGAGCGCAAACCCACCUGGCUGUGUCCCGUCUGCGACCGACCGGCGCCCUACGACUCACUAGUGGUGGACGGGUAUUUCCAAGAAGUGCUGACGUCGCCGCGGCUGGCGAGCGAGUGCAACGAGAUCCAGCUGCACGCGGACGGCAACUGGUCUGCGCACUCGCCGCCCGCCCGCGCGCCGCAACCGCAGCCUGCGGCCGAGCCCGUCACACUCAUAUCCGAUGACCUGGAAGUGAUACCAGUAGAUGGGAACAAUGCGAAACGCGCGGCAGUGGGUGACGCCAGAACGCCCAAAGCGAUCGAGACACUGGUCGAUCUCACAUCAGAUUCGGAGGAUGAACUGCCUCUCAAGAGGAAAGUCACUCAGCCUAAGAGCACCCCGCCAGCUGUGGAGACACCCACCAAGACUGAGGACAACUACAACUCAAGUAAUGCGGAAGCGGUAUCAUCGAGCGGCUACCGGUCGCCGGGCGGCGGCGCGGUGAUCUCGCUGGACAGCCCCUCCCCACCCGCGCCCGCGUCUCCGCAACCCUCGCACGCGCCCGCGCACGAAGCCUCACCGCGCUCCACCAGCGAACACUGCACCAGCAACAACACGGAGCGGGAAGACGAGCCCGUGUCGUCGCACUGGGCGCCCUACGCCGACGCGGACCGCGACGACUCGUACAGGAGGUACUGACUGAGGGAGAAGAGUGGCCGCCCCUCCUAUGCCAGCGGCCAUUCUUCUGAAGACGAACAGGAGCCCUCCUAUCCCGAAGUACCACUUCUGCAACCCUAAGCAACCUUCAAAGCUUGGAUUUAUAAAAAUGAUCGCGGAUUACAGCUGCAUGCGACGAACGCAACGCACUUUCAAUGCCUAAAACCGAAUGACGUCAGCAUGCCGAGUCAGUCAGCAGCAUCAGAAGACAUUUAAAUGUAUUAUAGAAGCAGGCGUUAUUUUGCGGAAGUCCAUGAUAUACAAGGAUAUCCUUGUAUAUCAGAAGACAUUAUCAGAUUCACCAAGAAAAAUGAAUUGUAAGAAGAAGAAUUGUAUUGCUGUGUUAGUGUGCGUUAUGGUUCCAAAAAAACCGUCAUUGGAUACUUGACUUUUGCAAUUUGACAUUGUGAGGUCUACAUCUCCUGAGGAUGCUCCGGUGUCGGGGCGAAACGCGCGUCUAGUGGUGUUGGAAUUUGUGGGGUGCUGCGUACCAUACAGAUUUCGUUGGUUUGGCGGAUUAUAGCAAAUUAAGCUUUAAUAUCAUCAUUGUAUAAGAGUUUAAAGAAAGAUAUUGUAAUUCGUAGUCAAUAAAGGAGCGAAUCUAAAAGAACAGUGACAAUCAUUCGAUCUGACCUACACAUUAAAUUAGAGGCACGCAUACGUUGCGUUCGGCUCGCGUUAUUUUAUUGCGGAAACUCAGGUGACGUUACUACGUUGGAAAUAUGACAAAAUUAGCUUCUACUAAAUUAAUAAUAAAUAAGUACAGAUGUUCUAUUUCACGAAGACCGUUUGGCUAUCACACAUACACACGUCUACAUUGUUACAGUGUGCGUGGCGCUCACUUUAGACCGCGACGCGGUUAACGAUUGUCGGUACAUUCACUACUACAAGCAAGGCUAAGCGGUCAUCGUGAAAAAGAACAACUAUAAUGACAGACACCGGUACGGCUCUAGAGGCAUAGGUGAAAACACGGGAAAUGAUUGCGCUUGCGCCCUUAGAAAGGAUUUAUAUGUGUGCGCGGUAGACUAUACAAAGACGCGCAGAAACCAAUGCGGGAGGUAUAAUGUGAUGUGAUUACGUGCCCCCAAAUACUAAAAAAUGAGUUCUGCGCAUUCGGGGUCAAAUGACGUUCUUCAUACAUUUGUUCCUAAAGGUGAAUCCACACAUGCACGCACGAAUCUUGUACACAACGUACAUCGACGUCUAUGGAGUUACGUACACGUCAUUCAGUGACUCGAACGACUAUUAUUAAAAAUCCUUAUAUACCCAUCUACCCUCAUUUUAGGAGUAUUGUAAUAAAAUCAAAAUUAUGUAGUGACAAUUAUUAUGUAAUGCAUUUUUCGUGAAUUUUUUGUCACAAGUGAUUUUAUUGCUUCAGUUUCUAUUUGUACUGUUUGAAUUGUAAAUAUGGAAUAAAUGAAAUAAAUAAUAUUAUUAUACAUCACACACCUAUGUUGUUUGUGUUACAUAUGUAGGAAAGCAAAUGAAAUAUGAAACAACAACUCCUGUCAUUAACAUAAAUACCAAUUUAAAUAUAUUUUUUUAUGAGAUAACGCCACUUUAAAAAAAAAGCUGUUUGCGGAAACAAAUAAGAAUCUAAGUGUGUUUGUUUUGUUUGACUAUAUUAUAUGGAAUAAUAUCGAAACCGAAUCACCGGUUUUAAAAAUGAAUUUUCUUUCCAUUUCUUUCAAGGAAACAAUCUUAUGAAUUUGUUAGUAUAUAGGCCUUGUCAUCAUAAAGUAUCAAUUUUAUUACAUGCCCACCUGAGCAUAAUUUUUUUAUUUUGUUACAAAUUAGCCUACGAUCUCACCUGGUGGUAAGUGAUGAUGCAGUCUCAGAUGAAAGCGUUGGUAGUUUUAUUAAAUCCAAACCUCUUAUCGGUUUUUACGAGGCAUCGUAUGGAAGCCUAAAAUCGCUUGGCACGACAGCAACAAUUUAAAAAUUAAAAAGUGCCCCAUUGCCCGUGUCAAGUAUUGAACCCGGGAUCUCCCAAAGCGCCAAGGUCAAAUUGUGAUUAUUAUCACAUUGCUACAAUCGCUAUCAUUAUGAUUGGUAAAAAUAAUGUUCUGACUGCAACUGAGUAGGUAUUUCAGCCAGAGAAUUUUAUUUUAGCUAAUCAGAAGUGAUUGAUGCUGUACUAUAGAAAAAGCUUCAAAGGAUCUUUAAAAAAUAUGACUUAUUUAUUUCUUAACAUAUUUAGAAUGAAAGUUUUGAAUUGUGUGUGAAAAAUUGUCUUCAAGUUUUUUAAUUUGUGCGUGCCUAACUAUGUAAGUAAUUUUUUUCUCUAAUUUAUUUAUUAGUAAGAAAUAGAAUAUAUUGUGUAAUUGUAUAGUAGGUACUAAAGAUAUGUUACUUUACUUGCACGGAAAUGGACAAGUACACUGGAAAAGGUGUGCCAUACAAAAUGACAGUUAUUUUUUGCGUCAAUUCAAAGCGCUCCACCAAGCGUACCGGGAAUUAAAAUUGACGUAUGAAAUAGUCAUCGUGUUGACACUAUCUUGUAUGUUUAUGCACAUCAGACGGAAACGUUUAAGUGCGGAAAUCAGCCCAGAGAGAAGAAGAUACUAUGUUGACAGAUGUCUCAUCACUAACAUUUAAACAUUUAAUUCCGAUUACGCUCAUAUGAUUCUCACUGCUGUUAUCAGUGCCAAAAUGGCGAAAAUCCAGUUGCUUGAAAAACACGUAUGCAAUCGCAGGUCCAGCGUACUUGUUUAGUAUAGGUCAGUGGUUGCGACAUUUCCAAAUAGAACUAAAGAAUAAGAUAAAUAUAGAAUAGUAAUUUAAAAAAAUCUAGGCUAACUUGGAAAAAUCUUACAACUUCAACGUUUGAAGAUGUCCUACUAGGUAUAUUAUUUCAACUUUUCAAGGGUAGAAUCGCAUAGCCUCCUUUCCCCCCCUAAAUAAAUAAAGAUAAAAAGGGCAUUGCGAUUCUGCUUUUGUACAAUAAAGUGAUCGCAAAACGAGUAGACCAAUUUGAAAUUGCAACAGCGCUGUUAUUUUUGAGCGUAAGCUAACGCCUUGUUUAGGAUUAUUUGGUGAAAUUGGGCCUUAGUCUAUGACCUGGGUAAACCGCCAUGUUGCCUUGCAAUUUCAAAUUGGACUAGUUAUUUUUCCACUAUUAUACAGCUGUUCUUAUUCUGAGCCACCUACCUCCGAAUACUGUCGCGUCUGGCGCGACCAAUCCUAUUAACACCUAUACACUAGGAAUAUUAUAGUAUAGUAUGUUCAUUAAGAAUAAUGUCCAACUAAGUAUUCGGCAUCGCAAAGCAAAAUUAUUUAUUAUUUCUAUUAUUGAUGUAUUCAUGUCUUUUUGUACAAUUUAUUAUUUGAAUUGAUCAUAAAUUAAAUAAGAGAAUAAGGC